ACAAUAUACCCAUGGAGCGCGACGAGUUUGAAGAAGAAAAAAGUCGUGUGUAUACAGCAGCUGAGGUGAACGGAUACGACAGGCCUUUUGUGAACAAAAUUUUGAAGAAGCACAAACGGAAAAACCACCGCAGGAACAUUACCACCCUUCAACAGAACCCAGAAGAAACCCGAAGAAUUAGCUUGCCGUUUUACCCCAGGAUAACCAAUCAAAUAAAAACAGCCCUUCGCCGACAAAAUCUACACGUUGUGCAUAAGAGUGACAAGACCUUACGUGACCUUUUAUGCAACCUUAAGGACAAGGUACCGCCGGAUGAACAAUCCGGAAUAUACGAGAUACCAUGUAAGGACUGCCCGGCAGUUUACAUUGGCCAAACUCGCCGGAAAGUGAAGGUCCGUUUAAAAGAGCACAAAAAUGCUGUCCAGUCUUCCAAAGCAACCGAAUCCAGCGUGGCAGCGCAUACAGUAGACUCCCAACAUGAAAUUGAUUGGAAUAAUGCCAAACUCGUCAAAAGCGUAAGAAAAACGUUACACUUAAACGCUUGGGAGUCAAUGUUCAUCAGCAACACACGAAGGCCGUUGAUGAAUGAAGACGACCCGCCCAUUGCGUCGUGUCUUUUUAGUCUGGUAGACACGACUCCCCAGUAGCAUCUCUUCUCUUCGGACGUGUACGAACAUCGUACGAAAACUGAAGGCAAUCAGUCGGACAUUGUCCUGUUGAUGGGCGACAUCGCGCCCGAAACCGGUCGACGAAAGGUAAAUUUUAAUAUCUUGACGAUUGUAAGAACUAUAAGUGUUAUGUUUCGUCUCACGUCGCGCGUAUUGUAAAUGUCGUUACUGUUCUUACGUUGGCACAAAUCACGAAAAUUUGAUAGUUGUCUCGCAAUAUCUUCCAAUUCAGAUUAUCAAGUACGAUGAUUCGGACUAUCCAUUCAUUUGCAGCUGCUGCACAUCAAAGAUCAAAAAGUGGCAUCGGUUCUGCACGUCUUGCAUCGAUAACGAUAAAAUCUACAUGCAGCGAUUUUUGGAACAGCUAACGUCUAAUGGACGGAUGUUCCUCCAGGAGGAAGUGAUGCUACCGAAAGAGGAAAUGUUGGAUACUUUUUGCGAAGAAAUAACAACAGAUCUGUAUGUGGAAAUCGAACCAGCAGAUGAAAACGAAUCGAUUGGAGAUCCUAAUGAUGAAAUUUGUGAUCAUCAAAAUUACUACCCUCUCAAAGCUGAAAUGCCCAACCAACAGGAGCCGAAAAUCGAGGACAACGAAGUGAAACUUAAAGAAACCGAAGAGGUGGAAUCAGCUCCGAAGAAGCCUCCUAAAUGUCCAAAAAAGACGCCACAAAGUCCAAAAGAGACACCCAAAAGUCCAAAAAAGACGCCCAAAAGUCCAAAGAAGAAGAAGCGAAAGAGACCCGACGAUGGUCUGAAUUUGUUCCUGAGAAAGCCUUGCACGAGGGUGACACCCAAGGGUGAAAAACCGGAACGUCGGGUAGCUGAGAUGUGCCCCAUGUGUGGAAAGUUUGUCAAGGAUCUGAAGGGACACAUGCGAGUACAUAUCGACGAUCGAAGGUACCAAUGUCCGCACUGCCCGAAGACGUUCGUUGCCAGAAAUAACUUCCAGAACCACGUGAACAUCCACACCCGAGCCAAGAUGUACAAAUGCGACCACUGUCCCAAGGAGUUUACCCUUAGGAAUGUUUUGGUAACUCAUCUGGCAACCCAUACCAAGGAGCUAAAAUAUGUCUGUCCGGUGUGCGACAAAGCCUUCUACCAGCGGACGACAUUUGCAAGGCAUAAGCGCGCGCACUUCGCGAAACGGACGGUCAAGUGCACCGAGUGUGAUCGCAUGUUUCUCUCCAACGGUGAAAUGAAACAUCACUUUAGGAAGCAUCUACCGGUACGGCCAUAUCCGUGUACAGUAUGCCCACAAGCCUUCUACAGGAGUAGUAAUCUGAAGGUCCAUAUGAAGAUACAUGAAAGGAAGAAGACGGAUUCGAUUGCCAUCGAAGUAAUGCCUCAGGAUGCUUAUGGAGAAUAGAAGGAAUAGAAAUGUUCAUGGUCAAAGGAUUGAAGGAACUCAUUUGCGUUGUACUGUAGACUACAGCCGUUUGCAUAGUUGCUAACGUUUUAUCGAAAAAUAAAUUGAAUUGACAGAAACUAAACUUCCUAUUGUAUGGUCUAUGAAAGGAAAACAGCAAACAUUCGUAUAGCCAAAGCGGUAAGUGCGCGGGUAUUCAGUAUGACCAUGCUGAGGGUGACACUGGGUCAUUACCAAGAUUUGGGAGGAGGAAAUAUUACCGGAGGAAUAGAUGGAAGGUUUCGCGUGUCCCAAGUUGGCGACAAGAUGGAUUGCGGGAACUAUCUCGCGAUCACACUGUUAAGCGCUGUCUAACUUUCUUAAAUUUAACGCACUACAACGGACCAGAUAUUCGCCAUCCGCCAAGUGUUACAAAAAUGCCGCGAAUACAACGUGCCCACACAUCACUUGUUCAUCGAUUUGCAAUCGGCGUAUGAUACAGUCGAUCGAAACCAGCUAUGGUAGAUUAUGCACGAAUACGGAUUCCCGGAUAAACUACUACGAUUCGUUAAGGCGACGAUAGAUCGAGUUAUUUGCGUUGUGCGAGGAUCAGGGACACUCUCGAGUCCCUUCGAAUCUCGCAGAGGGUUACGGCAAGGUCUUUCGUGCUUGCUGUUUAACAUUGCUUUUAGAGGGUGUAAUAAAAAGAGGGGGGAUAAACACGAGUGGAACCAUUUUCACAAAGUCCGUUCAGCUGCUCGGUUUCGCUGAUGAUAUUAUAGCUCGCAAAUUUGAGACGAUGGCGCAAACGUACAUCCGACUAAAUAAUGAAGCCAGGCGAAUCGGAUUAGUCAUUAAUGUAUCGAAGACAAAGUACAUGAUGACAAAGGACUCUAGGAAGGAAUUACCGCGCAACAACGACACUAGCAGAGAAAUUCAAGGACGCAUUGUGGCAGGAAAUCGAGUUUACUUUGGACUCCGCAGAAGUCUACGAUCGAACAAAGUUCGCCGUCAAACGAAGUUAACUGUCUACAAAAUAUGUAAAGUAUAUGUAAAGUCUAGCUUUUGGAAUAAAGUAAAACUUCCAUUCGGCUGGUUAAGCCGCAAAAAUCGAUAAUUAAUUAAUUUAAUUAUGUCUACAAAAUGCUGAUUAGACCGUAGUCCUCUAUGGACACGAAACAUGAACUUUACGUGCAGAGGACCAACACACCUUGGAGUUUUUGAAUUGGAAAAGAUUAUGUUAAAUUCGGCAUUAUCUAGAUAUAGACAGGAGGAAUUCUUUUCUUGUUCUACGAAAGCAAACAUUUGCUGAUAUUUGGUUAGUGGACGCGGUCCAAAUAUUAUUCAUCUUUCGUGUAUUCUAAUUAGCUCACAUAUUUUCAAAUAUAGUAAUCUAUUAAGCAACGGUUUUUGUUUGGUUUUCUCCUGUCGCCUUCGCGAUAAAUUCCACACAGAUCGUCGGUCAGUUUUCCUCUUACUCAGUACACUUGGCUUCGUGAAUAGUUAGUUUCAGUUGGUUAACAUCGAAUUCAACAUCAAUAGCGACACCUAGUAGGACGUUCUGUAGAAAAGUGGUCUACAAUUCGUUAUAUCUUGUUCCUAAUACUAUCUAGAAGUUACUGCUUUCGUGUGCUCAGCCGGCAUUACACACAUCCUUCUAUCUAAAUCCCUGCCUUGAAAGUCCUCCACAGCUCUAACUGGAACUUAAUAUGGCUUUGCCAACAGAAACCCUGCACCCACUUCAUUUCCAUCUUCCAGGGGUAACACUUACAUGACUCAGAACGGGUGUUAGAAAACAAAAAAGUAUCAAUCGCUUAUAAAAACAUUCAAACGGCCACAAAGUAAUAUCUUGCGUAGUUGCAAAUGUCUCGAUCAAGGUUCGCGUGCGGGAUGAAUACUAGUCAUAUAAAAGUGAUCAAACGGCAACCUAACAUAAGCUGCACAACGCUUUGUGAAAAUUCAACAAUCGAUCGAUUCAAAAUUAACGUGCAAAUAACUAUUAAUCUGUCUCUUCCUUAACAAUAGAAACUGGUACUCAGCUACCAGAGAUUUGCUUACUUGUUAUCUGCUUACUCACAUAUAAAUAGGAGAUGUGUAUCAUCAAUUCUUAUGCAUUGAAAUCGUAACGGAACGCG